UUCUCCUGGCUUAAUUUAAAAUGUUAAAGAGAUAUCAUGGUAUUAUCAUUGUUCUUCUUUAUUUAUUGCACCUGUCCCAGUGCCAUAACAAGUACUCAAAGGAGGCGAACACAAAAGAGGAGGACUUGCCUCCCCCGUCCUUAAAAACGCUACAAAAGCCUUUUCGUAUGGCAAAAAUAAAUAUAUUAUGGGCUAAAGCGCAAUUGCGACUCUCUGACCCAAAGUUGAAAUCGUUAUUUGGCGAACUAAAGCUUCACGAUAAGGAGGAAAUAACGUGGAAAAAGUUAAAAACAGAAGGCAAAGAUAAGGAGGGACUAAAGGAAGCCGAGCUCCGAAAGAAGUUACUGCACAUAAUGGAAAUGUAUGGAUUAUUAGAGCAUUUUCAAGAUGUAAUGGGCUCUGGUAAACCUGUGCAAGACAAGAUUUUUAAUGAUGCAGAUGAUCAUAUAAAUAAAAGCUUGUUCAAAGACAAGAAACUGAACAAGCUAUGGUCGAAGGCCGAGAGUGCCGGCUUUACAUAUCAAGAAUUACAAGCACUGCGAGAAGAGUUUAAUCACCACCAAGACAAAAUUGACGAAUAUUAUUCCAUCUUGCAUGAUGUUAAGGAGAACACCGAUGACGGCGAUGAGAAUUCAGUUGACGAGAAAUUAGAGCGUUUUAACUCCAUCAAUCGUGAAGAAAUACCCGAAAAGGAUUAUAUCGAUAAAGCAAAUCUAUUAAGAGAGAAGCACACAGACCUACGCGAUGGUUUCGAUCGCUUACACCGUAUGGCGUCAAAAGGUCCAAACAGUAAAGAGUUUGUGGAGCCGAAAGUUGAAGGAUUGUGGAAGAUCGCGUUAGACACAAACUUUAGCCCUGAAGAAUUGGAAUCUCUACGAAUCGAAUUGCUACAUUACGAAAAUCGACUUCUAAAGCUACGACAUUUACAAGCCGAAGCAGCUCUAAAUGAAGACAGAAGAAAGGAAAAGGAGAAGUUAUCAGGAGGAAAAAGUGACGGGAUCUUAAUGCUUGAAGAUAGUAUCAAAAAGCAAGCGAGGAAAGUGGAAAAAAUACACAUAGAUAUUGAGUCACGUAUUAUGCAGAAACACAUCGAGCUUUAGUUAAAAAGUAUAUUAUAAGUGUAUAUAUAAAUCUUAUUCUACAUUUUUUGAUUAAAUCUAAGAAUCACUUUCAGUUA